AUGAAGAUCCUUUACCUGCUCUUUUCCCUCCUCUUCUUGGCACUCCAGGUUUCUCCAGGUUUGUCUUCACCCCGGCGGGACAUGUUUUUCUGUAGAAAAGGGUCCUGUCACUUUGGAAGAUGUCCUAUCCAUCUGAUUAAAGUUGGAAGCUGCUUCGGCUUUCGCUCCUGCUGCAAACCGUGAGCCAUGGCAGCUAUAAAAACUUCAUGGACUGUCCAUUCAAGAGCGAUGAAAAUUUCUUCUAAACCUAGGAAUUUGCUUUGAAUCCCCUUACUGCUAAAACCACCGGAUCCUGCUACAAAGCCUCAUGCACCUUUCAUUUUUAAUGCAAAAAGCAUUAUGAUGUAG